AUGGUUAGUGCAAUGGAUGAGCAACUUGCUGAUUGUCGAGAAGUAUUUUGCUAUUUCGACAGCAGAGGAGAUGAGAAAAUAAGUGUUCAGCAGUCAGUCAGCAAGAAUCGUGAAAAACACACAGUUGAGGAAUUUGUUGAAGGGCUUUCUCAUUUCGAUAAAGAAGGAAAUGGACUGAUCAAUGUUGCAGAGCUGCGUCAUCUGCUAACUACUCUAGGGGAGCGCUUGUCUGAUGAAGAAGUUGAUCAGCUUCUAGCUGGACACAACGAUUCACAUGGCAAUGUUAACAUUGCAGAUUUUGUGGAGUUAUUUACGGUGGCGUGGCUUUCGUAUUUGAAUGAGAAAAUCUCUUUCAAUGUGAAGCGAGUAAAGACAAUCAGUAAGCAGAUAGAAGCGCAUGGUCACAUUGUGAAUCUAAUGUCGGGUCCUGGUGCUCCGGCUGUGGGAGGAGAUAAUUCUGGAUACACAGAUGACAACGAAGGUGGUGAUGGUGCGUCGAUGGAUGCAAGCCGUGAUAUAGCACAUAUCAAAGCGAUUUUGGAAGAAGCCGGCAUCACUGAUUAUGACCCACGUGUAGUACACCUGCUUCUAGAUCUCCUUUACACUACAACUUCUGGUUUGCUUACUGAAGCAAAGGCUAUCUCGCAACAUUGCGGCAAAAUGGUGAUCGAUGAAACAGAUGUGCAAAUUGCAGUAGAGUUCAGUGGUCUUUUAUGUGAUGGAAAGCCGAAUCGUGCAGAACUUUUAAAAAUGGCUACUGAACGAAACGCGCAACCAUUACCUCAAAUUCGACACAACUUCGGAUUGAAGCUCCCAAAUGACAGAUUUUGUUUACUGCAACCAAAUGUUGAGUGGCGAGGUUCAGACCGAACUGCUGCCGAUUUGUUAGCGAACAAUGCACCAGUCACUGUUGGCCAACCUCCUGGACAUGGAGGUUACGUUGACGACAGCCUUCAGCAACUGCGACCUGAGCAUGUUACGAAUUUGCUCAAAAGACCAGCUGAAGAAGACUUUGAUGUAUAA